CCACUCCCACCCUUUGCGCUACCGGCCCGUAACCCCUCCACCCCGCGCCAGCUAUCCCCGAGAAUCCCUGCCGCCCCUCAGUCCCCUUCUGUGUCGGUCGACCCCUGCCGCCAGCAUGCUGAAGCACACCUACCCACAGUCAGGUUUUUGAAGGCUACGGCCUCCAAACCUCCACUGCUACAACGGGAUGGGGAAGCCGAGGCAUCAGGAAACACGGAGCCCUCCUGAGGAACUCGAGCUUCGCGCCUCCGACAGUAACUAGUGUCAGCACUGAAGGGGUUAAGUUCUGCUGUGGGGAGCCGUGGGUUCCAGACUUAGGGGCGGAUCCUGGGGCUUCCUCCCUCCAGACCAAGGGGUGCUGCUGCAGCUGAGGCAGCGAAGGCAGGUGAGGAGCUUAGAGCCUUGUAAGAGGGAUGUGGCAGGAGGGGAAGGGGGUGCCUGUCGCUGACUAGAGUUGCUGAGUUGUCCCCAAGAUUAAAGAGUUGGGGAAGGAAAGCCAGGAGGCACUCUCCGGAGCAGGUUUCCAUCUCAGAGGCAUGAUCGUGCAGCAAGGCCCAGCCCUGGUGCUGGGGGUGGCCCUAUGCCUGGGGUGUGGCCAGUCUUUGCUGCAGGAUCCUGAACGACCCUUCUCUGUGCUGUGGAAUGUACCUUCAGCACGCUGCAAGGCUCGUUUUGGGGUGCCCUUACCACUCAGUGCUCUGGGCAUCAUAGCCAACCAUGGCCAGCACUUCCGAGGCCAAAAUGUUACCAUCUUUUACAAGAACCAGUUUGGCCUCUAUCCCUACCUUGGGCCCAGGGGCACAGUUCACAAUGGGGGUAUCCCCCAGGCUGUGUCCCUAGAUCGCCAUCUGGCACAGGCUGCCCACCAGAUCCACCAGAGCUUAGAACCGAGGUUUGCUGGCCUGGCAGUGCUGGACUGGGAGGAGUGGUGUCCACUCUGGGCUGGAAACUGGGGCCGCCGUAAAGCUUACAAGGCAGCCUCCUGGGCUUGGGCACAGCAUAUGUUCCCUAACCUAGAUCCUCUGGAGCAGCUCCACAAAGCCCAUACAGACUUUGAGCAUGCAGCCCGUGCACUGAUGGAGAGCACCCUACAGCUGGGCCACGCACUGCGGCCCUAUGGGCUCUGGGGUUUCUAUCGAUACCCAGCCUGUGGCAAUGGUUGGCACCAUAUGACUUCCAACUACACGGGUCGCUGCCAUGAAGCCACCCUGGCCCGCAACACUCAACUGCAUUGGCUCUGGGCUGCCUCCAGUGCUCUCUUUCCCAGCAUCUACCUUCCACCUAAGCUGCCACCUGCCUACCGCCAGACCUUUGUGCAACACCGCCUGGAGGAGGCCUUCCGUGUGGCCCUUGCUGGGUACCCACAUCCUCUGCCUGUCCUUGCCUACAUCCGCCUCACACACCGACACUCUGGGAAGUUCCUGUCCCAGGACGACUUGAUACAGACCAUUGGUGUGAGUGCAGCACUGGGAGCAGCCGGCGUGGUGCUCUGGGGGGAUCUGAGUUUCUCCAGCUCUGAGGAGGAGUGCUGGCAUCUCCAUGACUACCUGGUGGGCACUCUAGGCCCAUAUGUGACCAAUGUGACCACAGCAACCAUGGCCUGCAGUCAACAGCAGUGCCAUGGUCAUGGGCGUUGUGCCCGCCGAAACCCAGAACAAAGGGAAGCAUUUCUGCACAUGCAGCCAGAUGGCAGCCUUGGAACUUGGGAGUCCUUUAGCUGUCGCUGUUACCAGGGCUGGGCUGGCCCUACCUGCCGGGAGCCCAGACCUGGGGGUAGACCUAAGGAAGCAGCAUAAUGCCGCUGCUAUUUCUUCUUUCCCUCUCUUACUUACCACUUUCGGUUCUCACCUGCUCUAAUCAGCUUAUAGUCAACCUUCCCAAAUAUACACUCCACAUCUUUUGGGAUCCCUGAAAGGUGAAAGGGGCCGGG